GCCGCGGAUGCUGAGUCAGUUCCGGCCAAGGGGGAGACCAAGCAGGAUUGCUGCAUGAAAACCGAGCUGCUGAGGGAAGACAGACACGUGUGCACACACAUUCACACAGAAGCACACAAAAAAGAUCUUCUAGAGAAGGAAAAAACCAAGUAUGAAAAGCAAACACCCAGCAUGCCCUUGUGUUAGAGUGCACCCAGAAAAUGAAAAAUAUACCUAUGGCUGCUGAUGAAGGUUCCACAGAGAAACAGUCAGGAGAUACCCCUGUGGCUACAGAUGGUGAAACCAAUGGGUCUUGUGAAAAGAGUGUUGACACAAGUCACCCAAACACAGCCAAACAUACUCAGGAGAGCACAAGAGCCAGCCCACAGGAAAGUACCAACAGAGCAUCCCGGGUGGCAGAAAACGGGGUUUCAGAAAGAGACACAGAGUUGGGGAAGCAAAAUCAUGUCACAGCUGACGACUUCAUUCAGACUUCUGUCAUCGGCAGCAAUGGAUACUUCUUAAAUAAAACAACCCUGCAGGGGCAACCUUUGAGAACUCCUAACACGUUGGCCUCUUCGCUUCCUGGCCAUGCUGCAAAAACCCUUCCUGGUGGGGCCAGUAAAGGCAGGACUCCAAGUGCGCUUCCUCAGACGCCAGCCACAGCACCUGCUGUGCCUGGGGAAGGGAGUAUGGACACUGAGGACAGGAAGCCUGCAGCCUCUGGCACUGAUGUCAGGGUUCACAGGGCUCGCAAGACCAUGCCGAAGUCCAUCCUGGGCCUGCAUGCGGCCAGCAAAGACCACAGAGAAGUUCGAGACCAUAAGGAACCAAAAGAGGAAAUCAACAGAAACAUUUCUGAAUGUGGACGACAGCAGCUUUUACCCCCUUUCCCAGCCCUCCACCAGUCGCUACCUCAGAACCAAUGCUACAUGGCCACCACAAAGUCACAGACAGCUUGCUUGCCUUUUGUUUUAGCAGCUGCAGUAUCUCGGAAGAAAAAACGAAGAAUGGGAACCUAUAGCCUAGUUCCCAAGAAAAAGACCAAAGUAUUAAAGCAGAGGACGGUGAUUGAGAUGUUUAAGAGCAUAACUCAUUCCACUGUGGGCCCCAAGGGUGAGAAGGCCUUGGGUGACAGCACUCUGCAUGUGAAUGGGGAGAGCUUGGAGAUGGACUCAGAAGAGGAUGAUUCAGAUGAGCUGGAGGAGGAUGAGGACCAUGGCACUGAGCAGGCUGCUGCAUUUCCCACUGAGGACAGCAGGACUUCUAAAGAGAGCAUGUCUGAAACUGAUCAUGCCACAAAGAUGGAUGGCGAGUCUGAGGAGGAGCAGGAGUCCGCUGACACAGGGGAGGACGAAGACUGCGGAGACGAGUCUGAUCUGAGUUCUGAAUCCAGUAUCAAGAAGAAAUUUCUCAAGAGGAGAGGGAAGACUGACAGCCCCUGGAUCAAGCCUGCUCGGAAAAGGAGGCGGAGAAGUAGAAAGAAGCCAAGUGGUGGGCUUGGUUCCGAGGCUUGUAAGUCACCUCCAGGAAGCACCGAGCAGACAGCUCCAGGAGACAGCAUGGGGUAUAUGGAAGUUUCUCUGGACUCAUUGGAUCUCCGUGUCAGAGGGAUUCUGUCCUCCCAGGAGGAAAAUGAAGGGCUGGCCAAUGGUCCGGACGUGCUGGAGACGGAUGGCCUCCAGGAAGUGCCUCUCUGCAGCUGCCGCAUGGAAACCCCCAAGAGCCGCGAGAUCAGCACCCUGGCCAACAACCAGUGCAUGGCCACCGAGAGCGUGGAUCACGAAUUGGGCCGGUGCACAAACAGCGUGGUCAAGUAUGAGCUGAUGCGCCCAUCCAACAAAGCACCACUCUUGGUGCUAUGUGAAGACCAUCGGGGCCGCAUGGUGAAGCACCAGUGCUGCCCUGGCUGCGGCUACUUCUGCACAGCGGGUAACUUCAUGGAAUGUCAACCUGAAAGCAGCAUCUCUCACCGCUUCCACAAGGACUGUGCCUCUCGAGUCAACAAUGCCAGCUACUGUCCCCACUGUGGGGAAGAGACAUCCAAGGCCAAAGAGGUGACCAUAGCAAAAGCAGACACGACUUCUACAGUGACUCUGGCCCCAGGGCAGGAGAAGAGCUUGGUCGCCGAGGGCAGGGCUGACACAACUACGGGCAGCAUUGCUGGAGUUCCAGAGGACGACAAGCCACAAAGCACAGCUCCCCAGGCACCCGAAGGCUUCGAUCCUGCGGGGCCAGCUGGGUUCGUGAGACCAACCUCUGGUCUUUCCCAGGGCCCCGGAAAGGAAACCUUGGAGAGUGCGCUCAUUGCUCUGGACUCAGAAAAACCCAAGAAACUUCGCUUCCACCCGAAGCAACUAUACUUCUCUGCCAGGCAGGGUGAGCUACAGAAAGUGCUUCUCAUGCUGGUUGAUGGAAUCGAUCCCAACUUCAAAAUGGAUCACCAGAGCAAGCGCUCCCCAUUGCAUGCUGCAGCAGAGGCUGGCCACGUAGACAUCUGCCACAUGCUGGUUCAGGCGGGCGCCAAUAUUGACACCUGCUCAGAAGAUCAGAGGACCCCACUGAUGGAGGCUGCAGAAAACAACCACUUGGAUGCAGUGAAGUACCUUAUCAAGGCUGGAGCACAGGUGGAUCCGAAGGAUGCAGAGGGUUCUACAUGUUUGCACUUGGCUGCCAAAAAAGGCCACUAUGAUGUGGUUCAGUAUCUGCUUUCCAAUGGACAGAUGGAUGUCAACUGCCAGGAUGAUGGCGGCUGGACACCCAUGAUCUGGGCCACUGAGUACAAGCAUGUGGAGCUGGUGAAGUUGUUGCUGUCCAAAGGCUCUGACAUCAACAUCCGGGACAAUGAGGAGAACAUUUGUCUGCACUGGGCUGCCUUCUCAGGCUGUGUGGACAUAGCCGAGAUAUUGCUGGCUGCCAAGUGCGACCUUCACGCCGUGAACAUCCAUGGAGACUCACCCCUGCAUAUUGCAGCCCGAGAGAAUCGCUACGACUGUGUUGUCCUUUUUCUUUCUCGGGAUUCAGAUGUUACUUUGAAAAACAAAGAAGGAGAGACACCCCUGCAGUGUGCGAGCCUCAACUCCCAGGUGUGGAGUGCACUGCACAUGAGCAAGGCAUUGAGGGACUCAGCCCCCGACAAGCCUGUCUCCAUGGAAAAGAUGGUGAGCAGAGACAUUGCUCGUGGCUAUGAGCGCAUCCCCAUCCCUUGCAUCAAUGCUGUGGACAAUGAGCCGUGCCCCACCAACUACAAGUACGUCUCCCAGAACUGUGUGACAUCCCCCAUGAACAUCGACAGAAACAUCACUCAUCUUCAGUACUGCGUGUGCGUGGACGACUGCUCUUCCAGCACGUGCAUGUGUGGCCAGCUCAGCAUGCGCUGCUGGUACGAUAAGGAUGGCCGACUCCUACCUGAGUUCAACAUGGCAGAGCCACCCUUGAUCUUCGAAUGCAAUCAUGCCUGCUCCUGCUGGAGGAAUUGCCGUAAUCGUGUGGUACAGAAUGGUCUCAGGGCAAGACUGCAGCUCUAUAGGACACAGGACAUGGGCUGGGGUGUGCGGUCCCUGCAGGAUAUCCCACUGGGCACCUUUGUCUGCGAGUAUGUUGGGGAACUGAUUUCUGACUCUGAAGCUGAUGUUCGGGAAGAGGACUCUUACCUCUUUGAUCUUGACAACAAGGAUGGAGAGGUAUACUGCAUUGAUGCUCGCUUCUAUGGGAAUGUCAGCCGGUUCAUAAACCAUCACUGCGAGCCCAACCUCGUGCCUGUGCGUGUGUUCAUAUCACACCAGGACCUGCGGUUUCCCAGGAUUGCCUUCUUCAGCACCCGCCUCAUCCAGGCUGGGGAACAGCUAGGGUUUGACUACGGGGAACGCUUCUGGGACAUCAAGGGCAAGCUCUUCAGCUGCCGGUGUGGGUCCCCCAAGUGCCGGCACUCAAGCACUGCCCUGGCCCAGCGGCACACCAGCAUGGCCCAGGAGGCCCAGGAGAAUGGCUUGCCGGACACCAGCUCUGCGGCUGCUGCUGACCCCCUAUGAGACGCCUGUGGGGCCAGUGGGACACUCAGGAUCAGAUUCUAAUAGCUGCAGUUUAGAGAGAAGGAGGUUCUGCACAAGACAGCCAAGAGGAAACUGAGGUGUGGGCACUUACCAGGAAAUGUUCUGGGCCUGAGGCCUCACAGCUGCCUAUUGCUCAGGCUGCAGCAUGCCUUGGGUCAUGCCCCUCAGAGACCUGGGACUCCAUGUUGGCAUAACUGUGAGUUCCUGGUGGUGGUUGUCAAAGCGUUUCUCAUUUCUCCCUCUGGUCUCUGAGGCCCUCGCUCCACCACCAGGUUUAUUUGUGUCUUGUCUGGCCAGGCUCCUGUGUGACCUUGCCAAGACUGCCAUCACCCACAAGCUGCUCCGUUAGACCCGCCGCCCACAGCCUGUGUGACUGGCGCUGGCUCCCUGGUGCCGCUGGAGGACGCCAGUUCCCUCAUGGCCUUGGAGAGGUUGGAUGACCUACCGUCCAGUUUGGAGAAAAUGUGGGUUUGCUUUUUAAAGAAAUCCUAUAUCUAGUCCUAUAUAUCAAGCCUCUAACUGGUGUUUCUUUACAAGGAAGCAAGUUGGUGAGGCAGGAGGACCCUUUACCAGCCCUAGCCAAUUCCGUUGAUGCAGGCACCUUCUGUUGAUUUCUAAGCCACAUGCUAUAAUGAUGAAUAAACUGGUUUGUUUUCUACCAUUACUGAACAUUAGGACAAAGAAUAAAAACACAACACAGACAACGGUGCUGAAUCUGGUGUGAUUUCUACUCACCACAUGAAAAACUAUCAACUGUAAAAAGAGAACAAAGUGAUUUUAGAAUAAAGCGCAGGAAAAACUUUUUUAAAAUGUUAGUCUUGUAGUGUGAAUAAAUUUGCUGUCACCUUUUGUGUGAUGGCCUGGCAGGUCAUGUACUUUUUUUUGGCAUAUACCUUUCUAAAUACUGUAAUUAGUGCAGCAACAGUGGGUUUUCUGUGUGACUCUUCUAAACAUUCAUAAUGCAGUCAUGUUUAUUUUUUUCUGUUAAAAUGUUUUUGACAGUUUUAAGAGCAGUCUUUUGGCUCAGACCAUUUCUUGUUCUGUUUUCAAUGAAAUCAAUAAAAAAAAAUGUACUUUAA